AUGCCCUGGGGUGGGGUCCCUGAACCCCCCAGCGUCAUACAGGGUUCCCCCAGCUCGGCGGCCAUGGUGCUGGAUGGGUCCCAGUACUUCGUCCUCCUCAUCAUCACCGAUGGUGUCAUCUCUGAUAUGGCCCAAACCAAGGAGGCCAUUGUCAAUGCUGCAAAAUUGCCCAUGUCCAUCAUCAUCGUGGGAGUCGGCCAGGCCGAGUUCGAUGCCAUGGUGGAGCUGGAUGGGGAUGACAUCCGCAUCUCUUCCCGUGGGAAAGUGGCUGAGCGUGAUAUUGUCCAGGGGGAUUGGGAUGGUGUUGCCUGAGUAUUCUUGGCCAUGGGACUCCCCACUAUGCCCAUCCAGGACUGUCCUGCCCCCACAGAAAAGGGGCAGGGGGUCUUCGCCAUCCUGACCAGAAAGCUAGGGUAUGCAGGAACCUCCACAAAAUGUGGAGUGCCCCCCUAGGGUGAUGCAUGAACCCUUCUAAGACACCCGCCUCCCCAAAUCCAUGGUCCCCCCCCAUUUCCUGGGCUGAUCCCAGUGGGGUCCCCAGUGUUUUGUG